ACUGAGUAGCCCGCGGCCCGGGUGGUGCGGGAGGCCCUGGCCCGGCUGCGGAGCGCUGCGCGAGAGGCUGACCCCGAAGGACCCCCAGCGCAGGGGGCACGGCGAUGAUCCUGGAGGAGAGGCCGGACGGCGCGGGCGCCGGCGAAGAGAGUCCGCGGCUGCAGGGCUGUGACUCCCCGAUGCAGAUGCGGUGCAGCCAGCUGCAGAGCCGCAGGGCCCGGAUUCACCAGCAGAUUGACAAGGAGCUGCAGAUGCGGACGGGCGCUGAGAACCUCUACAGAGCCACCAGCAACAACCGGGUGAGAGAGACAGUCGCCCUGGAGCUGAGCUACGUCAACUCCAACCUGCAGCUGCUGAAGGAGGAGCUAGAGGAGCUUAGCAGUGGUGUGGACCCUGGCCGGCAUGGGAGUGAAGCUGUCACUGUCCCCAUGAUCCCCCUGGGCCUGAAGGAGACCAAGGAGCUGGACUGGUCUACGCCGCUGAAGGAGCUGAUCUCGGUGCACUUUGGAGAGGACGGCGCUUCCUAUGAGGCAGAAAUCAGAGAACUGGAGGCCCUGCGGCAGGCCAUGCGGACCCCCAGCCGGAACGAGGCGGGCCUGGAGCUGCUCACAGCCUACUAUAACCAGCUGUGCUUCCUGGACGCGCGCUUCCUCACCCCUGCCAGGAGCCUCGGGCUCUUCUUCCACUGGUACGACUCGCUUACUGGGGUCCCAGCCCAGCAGCGCGCCCUGGCCUUCGAGAAGGGCAGCGUUCUCUUCAACAUCGGUGCCCUCCACACACAGAUUGGGGCGCGCCAGAACCGCUCCUGCGCCGAGGGUGCCCACCGCGCUGUGGAGGCCUUCCAGAGGGCCGCUGGGACCUUCAGCCUCCUGAGGGAGAACUUCUCCCAUGCGCCGAGCCCAGACAUGAGCCCUGCCUCCCUCUGCGCACUGGAGCAGCUCAUGAUGGCCCAGGCCCAGGAAUGUGUGUUUGAGGGCCUCUCACCACCUGCCUCCAUGGCCCCCCAAGACUGCCUGGCCCAGCUGCGCCUGGCACAGGAGGCUGCCCAGGUGGCAGCCGAGUACAGACUAGUGCACCGGACCAUGGCCCAGCAACCCGUCCACGACUACAUGCCCGUCUCCUGGACUGCCCUGGUGCAUGUCAAGGCCGAGUACUUCCACUCCCUGGCCCACUACUACGUAGCCAUGGCCCUCUGCGACGGCUCCCCAGUGACCGAGGGAGAGCUCCCCACACACGAGCAGGUCUUCCUCCAGCCCCCCACCUCCUGCAAGCCCCCAGGCCCCGUGCUGCCGCAGGAGCUGGAGGAGCGCAGGCAGCUUGGCAAGGCACACCUGAAGCGCGCCAUCCUGGGGCAGGAGGAGGCGCUGCGGCUGCAUGCCCUGUGCCGCGUCCUGCGUGAGGUGGACCUGCUGCGGGCUGUGGUUGCCCAGACGCUGCAGCGCUCACUGGCCAAGUAUGCGGAGCUGGACCGUGAGGAUGACUUCUGUGAGACUGCCGAGGCCCCAGACAUCCGGCCUAAGACCCACCAGAAGCCAGAGGCCAGGACGCCACGCCUGUCCCAGGGGAAGGGGCCUGACCUCUUCCAUCGGCUGGGGCCCCUGUCUGUGUUCUCAGCCAAGAACCGGUGGCGGCUGGUGGGGCCCAUCCACCUGACCCGAGGAGAGGGCGGCUUCGGCCUCACGCUUCGGGGAGACUCGCCCGUCCUCAUCGCUGCUGUCAUUCCAGGGAGCCAGGCCGCGGCGGCCGGCCUGAAGGAGGGCGACUACAUCGUGUCAGUGAACGGGCAGCCGUGCAGGUGGUGGAGACACGCAGAGGUGGUGGCGGAGCUGAAGGCUGCGGGAGAGGCGGGUGCCAGCCUGCAGGUGGUGUCAGUGCUGCCCAGCUCUAGGCUGCCCAGCUUGGGGGACCGCCGACCUGCCCUGCUGGGCCCCAGGGGGCUUCUAAGCAGCCAGAGGGAGCAUGGCUGCACCACCCCGGCAUCCACGUGGGCCAGCCCCCGGCCCCUCCUCAGCUGGAGCCGAAAAGCCCAGCAGGGCAAGCCUGGAGGCUGCCCCCAGCCCCGUGCCCCGGUGAAGCCGGCUCUGCCCUCAUCCUCGAAGCGUCCAGGGUGGCUGUGAGGGCCAGGCUCCCUGCACACCUCAGCCCUGGCUCCAGCUGGCGGGAAGCACCAAGCAUGCCCUCCCCACCCAGAGGACCUCCGGGCAAUGCCUGCCCCACCUCAUGCCAGAGGCUGCUUCGAGCACCUGCCUGCCCAUUAAAGACUAUGGUCAGACCUGUCUGAGCCCAG